AGUGGCUCGGUCUAGGAGGAUGCUCGUGCUUGUUCUCUGUGUUGGAAACACCUUUGGCGAUUGAGCUUUUCUUUCGUCCUUAGCUUCCAGGGUGUAGAAAACAAGCACCUCUUGCUUACAUACCGGCUUUCCCUUCGCUAUGGCAGUGCAGGCUUGCCGCCUCCACUGUCUGGCAUGGCCAAUGGAUUUGCAGAGUCCCUGCUUGCAAUCGGAGCCCGAUUUUGAUUUCCAGGAAUUUCGCGACGUUGUGGACAGCUUCAUAUCCGAUCCCUCUUCCCUGAUGCCUCCUCUGCUGGACUCUGUUGAUUUUUCUUUUCCUGUGGAUGAUGAGAAACCCUUCAGCCCCUGCAUUCAUCAGCCUGCACAGGAUGAUCCCCUCUCACAAAUGACUGUAGAAAUCUCUUCUACUGAGCAGUAUUGGAAAGACUUGGCAGAUCAUAACCAGAAAGCCCUGGGGGAUGCACUGGUGGAAAACAAUCAGCUCCAGGUGACACUAACUCAAAAGCAGGAAGAGAUUGCUUCCCUGAGAGAAAGAAAUAUCCAACUCAAGGAACUGGCUAGUCAAGCCAAGCAGCUAGCUUCUGUGCUGGAUAAGCUGAUGAUCCCUCAGUGCAAAGGCAGCACAGAAUUCUCCCCCACCAGUGGCCCCAACAAGAGAAGCCUCGUGCAGAUGACUGUCGCUGAGCAAGAGGAGGAUGCGGAAGUGGAUGAAAUUUUGCGGGAAAUAUCCAACAAAUGCAAUGCAGCCUUGCAGUCCAUUGACGAAAACAGAGGUCCCAAGCGCCCUCGUGGAGAGAGUGAAGGCAUCCGCAUGCAUGGAGCUUUCCGUGGACUGCAGACCUGUAGCAGCCACAGCUCCCUGGACCUGAGUGGCAGUGAGCUCGAGGAAGGGGUCUCCUUCAGGACAUCCAUCAAGGAACACUGUAACAUCCGGACUCUGGCCUUCCCUCAAGGCAAUGCAUUUACUGUCAGGACAGCUUCUGGGGGCUAUAAAUUUAGAUGGGUCCCCAGCUAA